AUGGCAAGCGAGGAACAUCAUUUGAACCAGUCAUUUGAACAGUCAGCUUCGCACAGCCCGGCCACCGCGGACGCCCGCAGAGCUCCCGAUAGGGGACCCUCUCUGGAGGACGAGCUGCUGCUCCGCAGUGCCGAGGCCGAUGCCUCUCGGAGGAUGCCCGCGACCGUGGGAGGGGCUGUGGCCGCCGUGCUGCUCCUGGUCGGGACCGCGGAGUGCGGCCACAUCCGUGCUGGCUUGAGCAACGCCGGGGCCCGCAGCAGGCUUUCGGAGGAGAUCCCUUCGACGCUGCUGGCCCGAGGUGCGAGGGAACCACGGCGGUGGCUUGUCGACCACAAGUGCGCCGCGCAGGGAGAGAACUGCAGCCAGUCGCAGUGCUGCCAGCGCUCUGGCAUGGCCUGCUACCGGAAGAACAGUUCCUGGUCAGGAUGCAGGCGGGCUUGCACCGUGGGCGUCGACAUGGACGACCCAGCACACAACCUGGAGCCGUGGGACUGCGCUGAUCCAGAGGUCGCUCCCGGCUGCUCGAGGCCCGGGGAGGACUGCCGCCAGAGCGGGUGUUGCACUGAACCUGGCACUCGCUGCUACGAGAAGUCGGGCCUCUGGGCCAGCUGCCUGGCCAGCUGCAUGCCAGGCAAGCACGAGGACGAUUCGCCAGCAUAUCGUGGACCGUGGACUUGUAAGCCCCUCGGGCGACCUGCUGGUACAGGACAUCGUCCUGAUCUUGCCGUGGAGUACGGCGGGCCCUCGAUGGACAUCGGACUACCUGCUGCACCACCGGGAGAUGCCCCUCCUGGGAUCUCGCUCCUGUGCUUCGCGGUGUCCCGCAGCGAGGGCACCGAGUUUCUGCUGGUCCUGAGCCAGUUCCACGCCGGCGUCGGGAUCUUCGCCUGCGACGGUCGGGUCCUGUUCAGCGAUCGCGCCACCGAUGUGCCGGACACGCAGGUGCUCCCCAGCUUCUGGGCGGAGACGCAGGUGCCAGGUGCAUUCACCGCCUCGUGGGUCAACAGCAAGGGCUUCAUGGACGCAUGGGCCUGGAUAGUUUCGGACGGCAACCUGGACGCGCAUGAUUGGGUGGCGAAGGUCGAUCCAGACGCAGUUUUUUUUCCAGACCGGUUGAAGGUCCACCUUAACGACGGGAGAUUCAAGGACGCGGCGAAUGCCGAGGACGGCGCGUUCCUGAAGAACUGCUUCACCCCCGACUUGCAGCUGUACGGUUCGUUGGAGGCCCAGCCUGCUGCAGCAUGA